GUUUUCUGUUUAUGAGUGCGACAGUGCGCCAUGAGUGCGCGUUCCAGUGUAUUCUUUAUCUCGAUGUGUUUAAUGUUUAUUAUUUAAUAUUUGAUUCUGUAUUAUUUACUCAAUGAUCUGUAUAUUAUUCUAUGAUCUUGCAAUCUCGACUCGCGUUUUAAAAGUUAUAACUUGGAUACUUGGUGGUAUUUGAAGAAAAUUCGAUUUUACACUAUUCUAUUAUAUAGGUAUUCACUUUUUAGUUGCAAUAAAUAUGUUUGUGUCAAUGUUUAAAUUGCUUUUUAAUGAAUGUGAGAAGAAAACCAAGAUUGCAAGGCAUGCAAUAGAAUUUGAAAUAGCUGAAAAUACUCAAAAAUAUGUCAAGGAACUACUUACUGAAAUCAAGAAAGUAAACAAAAAUGCAGAUAAUGGUGAUAGUUGCUCAGUGUCAAAAAAUAACAUUAUUGAUGCUAUUCAGAUACUGCAAGAUAUUCUACAUCAUUUCUUAUCUUCUAAGAGUCAUUUACAUGCUUUUCCAAAAUAUUCGAAUAAAGGUGCUUCAGAUGAACAUUUUGACUACACAAAAUGUGCAACAAACUCAUUUGGAAAAAACAGACUAGUAUCUGCUUUAGUCAAGGACCCCAAUACCAAAAGACUUGUAAACCAAAUAAAUAAUAUUCAGUGUUUAUUUACGUGGAACAUAAAACCAAACAAUAAGAAAAAUUUAAUUUUAUGGAUAUGGAAUAAAUAUGGAGACUAUAACUUAAAUAUAUCUUCAUCUGAAUUCACAUUAGAAAGGUUUAUAGGUAAUUUAAUUAUUUCCUAUGAAUAUUUUCAUAAGGGUGAACAUGAAAUAGCCCAAAUAAAAAUAUUAGAAAUAGGAAAAUGGCUUGAAGAAUUAGAUAAAGGUACUGAUGAGUUUUAUUUAUCUAUUAAUACUGGUCUUCAACAUAUUAUGAAGGCUACUUUCAUUCAUAUGUUAUUUGCUACAAAUCUUACAGAAGAAUGUAAAUGGUUAUUGGAAGAUAUUUCAUCAUUUGCAAAUAUGGAUUCUAAAUUAAGAGCUUCAAUAUAUGCAAUACAUGCAGCUGUAUUAAUUGAAUAUGGUGAAAAUCAUGUUUAUUUGUCAAAAGCUUGUGAUAUGGCCAAGAAAGCAUGUGAUUUAGAUCCUAAAACUUCUCAUUGGUAUUAUAUUCAUUCACUUGCAUUGACAGCUCAAAGACAAUUGUCGUCGACACAUAAAUUGAUACCAGCUGAUGACGAAAUAAAUGCAAUUCAUCAAGCAAUUGUGUUGUCUAAUGGAAGAAAUCCUCUUUUCAAUUACCAUAGGUUGGUUAUGGAUGAUAUAUUAUCUAUAAAUAAAGAAAACCAAAAAAUUGCAGAUAUGAUCAAAACCAUUAUGAAUAUAGGACCAAAGGACCCUCAUUUGGUAGUUAAAUGUGCUAAAAUAUUGAUGACUCUUCCGCCUUUGGAUAGAGAUUUUAAUUUGGGAGUACAAUAUUUGAAAAAAGCUUUUCAAAUGUCACAAAAUGAUGCGACUGUUUUAAAGGCUAUUGGAAAAGCAAUUGAAUCAUAUUUUUUUGACGAAAUUUGUAAAAAAAUUAAUCCCAAAGCAACUGAAGUUUUACAACUAGAGGCUGACUUAGAACUCAUUAGGAAAAAAUAUAAGAAUGGUGAAGAUCCUGUUCCUUACCUAAUUGAUUUGGUUCAUAAAUAUAAUGGACUCAAUCAAUCAAAAAUUAUAUCUCAGUUAUGUUCAUAUACAUUAUUAUUUACAAACCACUUAAGAUAUGGUAUUGAGCAAUUUAAUAAGUUAAUUGAACAACCAGAAAUUUUCAAUAAUGAUAUAAUUGUUCAUCACAUUUCAUCAUUUGGUUCAAAGAAAUUUAAUUUAUCAGAGCUGAUUUGUAAUGAAAUCAGAUUGGCUACAAAUGCUAGUGGUACCUCUUCUGAUAUAUUGUAUUAUUAUGAAAUGCUAUCUAAAAUCAUAAAAACAAGUAAUUUUAAGAUUAAAGAUGUUGACCCAUUCAUGAAGGCCAAUCUAAUCGUAAAUUCAUCUGUUAAAUCAGUUCUUACAAAUAUAACAGUUCAAAGUGAGACUAAAUUAGCAGAUAGUGACAAAAAUGUAACUGUUAAUAAAAAUAUUACCAAAAAUAAGAAAAAAGGAAAUCAUAUGGCAAAGCAGUUGCUAACAACUGGUGCAUUUACGCAAAAACCUAAAUUUGAUGAUACAAAAAAAACACGUGGGAAAAAGUGAAGAUUCCUUUGACAAACUAAUUGUCAAGAACUUAGAUUAGCCUAAGACAAAUGCAACAGUUUCAAAAUCUUCUCUUUUAUAGUGUAAUAAACUUUUAACAGUUUAACUACAAACAAUUUUAUUUUUUUUAACAUAACCUAAAUUUAAUAUAUUUAAUGUUUCUUUUGAUGAUAUUAGUAGAUAUUUGAAUUUAAUUAAUGCAAAUUUUAACUCAGCAGUUCGAUAAAUUUUAUUUCAGAAUCCACAUCCCCCUAUUUUAAACUUGAAGACUUGGGGUAUAAGUUUAUUUUUUUCAUUUUUUUUUUAAGUAUGUACAAUUUCUUUUAAUUAUUUCUUUGAAAAAAAAU